GAAUAUGUCGCCCUGACAGGAGACCACUGGACGUCAGUGAGUAACACAAAUUACUUGGGAGUAACUGCACAUUUAAUAACUAAAGCAUGGGAAUUGCAGUCCUUUGCGCUAACUAUAAUGAAAACGGAAGAACGCCACUUUGCAGAGGCAUGUGCAGAACAGUUUCAAACUGUGGCAUGCAAGUGGGAAAUUGAAAGAAAAGUUACAACCAUUGGGACUGACAGUGCACGCAAUAUGAUUGCUGCGGCUCGUAUUCUACCAUACGAGCAUAUGCCCUGUAUCGCGCACGUCAUACAGAGAAGCAUCACUGUGAGUCUCGCUGACAGCGGAUUUGUUCCUGCAUUAGCCAAGUGUCGCAAGAUUGUGGGACAUUUUAAACACAGCCCGGCAAACUUAACGGAGCUGAAUGCAGAGCAGGUGAAACUCGGACAGCAGCAGGAGCCACUGAUCCAAGACGUUCCAACGCGGUGGAAUUCCACACUUGAAAUGGUCAAACGCAUCAUCCCCAAUCAAGCAGCAAUAAAAGCAACCCUGGAUCAACAGCAGCAUAAUCUCGUCAUGCUGACGCCAGCAGAAUGGGAUAAACUCCAGAGACUGGAGACCCUUCUAGAGCCCUGCCGGUAUGUGACUCAGAUCCUGGGUGGGGAGGCCUACGUCUCCUGCUCAGUGGUACUACCUGCCCUCUGCCACUUACACCGUGUAAUGGAAACUUCUGAUGAGGACCCUGCAUACAUGAUUAGAUUUAAGACCAAAUUCAAAGACGACCUAGGCUCCCGCCAAGAACACACCAACAAUGCAUGGCUCAAGAUUGCAACCGCACUGGACCCACGUUUUAAGGACUUGAAAAGUGUGCCCAAGGCAGACAGAGAGGAGGUGUGGACCAAACUUGGAGGCCUUCUGCGUGAAUCACCUGGAAGACCUUCACACACUACUGAAGAUGGGCCACCCAAGAAGAAAAUGAACCUUCUUCUACAGCUGGGCUCAGAUUCAGAAUCAGAUGAAGAGGUACAGCCUGACAGAGCCUUACACAGGUACAGAGCAGAGCCCACCAUUGAAAUGACGGACUGUCCCUUGCAGUGGUGGUCAUCUCAUGCAGGAGCCCAUGACAAGCUGGCUCCGUUGGCUCGGAAAUAUCUAGCCACUCCUGCAUCCUCAGUUCCCUGUGAAAGACUCUUCUCACUUGCCGGUCACAUUGUGCAAAAGAAGCGGUCAGCUUUACUCUCAGAAAAUGUGGACAAAUUGGUUUGCCUCAGUAACUGGCUAAAGGAUGAAUAGAGAAGCGGGCCACAUGUAAUUGUGUAGGCCAUGUUCUUUUGGUUUGAUAAAAAAGAGAAAUCUCUUUGUUUUUCCUUUGUUGAAGAGAAAUGGCCAAGAUGGCUAGUGUGUUACAGAAGGAGACACCAUCCUAUUUUGUUUUACUAUUUCAGUUUCAUUUAAAUAAGAGACG